AUGCAGAUGCCAGCCCAAUUUGUCCAUAACCUCACCAAAAAGGCCCUGAUGCUGCUGAAUGCUGCAUUGACUUACUCAAAGCCUUCAUGGGCCACAUUUUGGCAGUCUGCCAAGGUUGAGCUAGUUCCUCCAAAGCCAAGCCCUGCUGAAAUCCCUACACUAUUCAGAACUUGGGGAGAAAAAAAAGUGGGUAGUUUCAAACAUAUCACAGUUAAGGAAGCUGUGCUGAAUGGUUUGGUGGCCACAGAGGUGUGGAUGGAGUUUUAUGUUGUCAAGAUCAUAGGCAAGUGUGGCCUCAUUGGCUAUAAUGUUUGA